UAAAGAUUUUAUAUACAAGGAAUUUAUUUUAACCUCCUUGGCUAUUCUAAGCACCAAGCUGAAUCAUCCGCCAUUAGGGACCCCCAAGCGGGAAUAUUAAUGGCGGUUGCAUAGUUAGCGGUGCAACAAUUUCUUGCGCUUUUUUAGGUAAAAUGGGCGGAUGUGCAGCUAGUGAUUGCUCAAAUCAUUCACGGAAAGGUCAUGUAUUGGUAAAAUUUCCUAAAAAUCAAGAAAGAAGAAAAAUUUGGGUAACUAAUUGCCGAAGAAUUAAUUGGGAACCUGGUUCAGGCGCUCAACUUUGCCUAUCUUUACAGGAUCAUUUUGAGGAAUCUCAAUUUGAAUCACUAUGCAAAGAUAGGAGAAAACUUAGAAAAACUGCAAUACCAACACUCUUUAACAUGCCAUAUCCACCACCAUCUGUAACUAACAAGAGGAUAAGAGAAAUAAGAUGUCCUAAGCCAAAUACCCAAUUAGGAAGAAACCAAAUGAAUUUUCUUCAUGCACUUUCCCCCGCCUUAUCCUUGAAGUGGUGUCAAUUUUAUUUGCUGCUUCUUCUGAACAAACAGUGCAGGUAGCCUACAGGAUAUGUCUAAUUCACCAACUGAUGUACAAGUGCCACCUAUCUAAACAUGUGCAAACACCAUCUAUUUAUGCACAUACACAUAUGUGAAAGAGUACAGGAGAGCAAGGGUCAAUAUUAUCACAUAUGUGCGUAUCAAUGCGACAUCAUGUAUGACCAUUGAGUGGAUUUAUAAGAAUUUAUUAUGUUCAAAUACUCUACAUAAUGCUAAUUGGGAGAGGAAUGAAACUACUCAAAUGUGCCUACGCUUGUGAUGUAUGGUGUUAAGUUAUUGACAACAUUUUAUAACUAAUUAGAAAACAAGUUUAUUUAAAGCUUCUAUUAAAAAUGGGAUGCAUUUGACAGUUUUAUUAAAUCAGGAAAGGGAAACUGUCACAUUCAAAAUGGUAGUUAUAGUCAUUUUAGUUAAAUUAGAUAUUUUUAUAGUUAUAAUUUAUGAUGCAU